AUGGGCCAGGAACAAAAUAACGUAUCCAUAAAUAAAAAAGAAAAUCCUAUUAUAGAUAUUGUUGAUAAAAAUCCUACAAGUGAACCUGAUACAAAAACUUCAUCCACUAUAAGUGAAAUAAAUAGUAAUAACAAAGGUGACAUUGAAAAAAAAGAAAAUAAAGAAGAAAAGAUAAGUAAUAAUUCAGAAGUACCCACGUCCCCAUCUUCUACAACCCCUAAUGGGAAAAUAGUAUUUAGGAAUACUGGUCCCAAUGGUUUAGUUAGUGUUGUCAAUGUACCAGUUUGUAAAAACUGCUUAACUUCUACCACACCUCUUUGGAGACGUGAUGAAAAUGGUGCUGUCCUAUGUAAUGCAUGUGGGUUGUUUUUAAAACUUCAUGGAAGACCAAGACCUAUCAGUCUAAAGACAAAUAUUAUAAAAUCUAGGAAUAGGAAAAAUAAUUAUCAUGGCGAAACUAACAAUAAUAACCAUAAUACAACAGAUUCUAAUAAAAACAAAAAAGAAAAUACAUCUUCAUCUGAUAAAAAAAGAAAAAGUUCUUCCCAAAGUACUACUACUAAUAAUAAUACCCCAAAUCAAUCAAAUAGGAUAGAUAAAAAUACCCCUUGCCAGAACUCAAAUUCUAAUGGAAUAAAACCAAGUCAGAAUAGUAAUAAAAACAACAAUAAUAUACAAAAUUCUAACAAUACUAUAAGCAGUCCUGUACAAGAAAAUAUAGACAGCAAAGAUUUAAAUUAUAACCAAUCCUCUCUCCCCUGCAAUGUUCCAAAUAUACCUGUCGUCGACUCUCUCAGGAUCGGAAAUAAUACAACUCCACAUUCAGGUAUUAUUAAUGUUUCAUCUCAACUACCUGGUCUAUCAAGUAUAUUAACAAAAAUUGAUUCUAGGAUCAUUACAACUGAAAAUAAUCUUCAUCAUGAAACAUGUAUUACUGAUAAUAAAAACAAUAACGGUAAUAAUAAUAUUAUUAAAAUUGAGAAUAUAGAAAAAAAUAUCCACAGUAUAUCUCCCCCAAUACUGAAUAACGAAGCAAAGCCUUUGACGAACUCCUUUGUGUACAAUGAAAAUAUACUUUUAGGGACAAACCAAUCUCAAAACAUUACGAAUCAACAGUCUAUUAUAAAUAAUAUGGUACCUAUCACUACUCACAAUUCGUCUGCAAUAAAUACACCAUUACAAAAUCCACAGUAUAUAGCCCAAAAUGUUCCUUUUGAACCUUUGCAUAGAAAAAUUCAGUUUAAUUCCUUAACUAAGAAUUUCGUUGAUAAACUUCCUGGUGGUGACCACAUUAUUAAUAAUAUUGGACAACAACCUUCUGAAUCUUCGGGUUCAUCAGAGGUAAAAUCAGACCAUUGCCCACAAAUUGCAUCACCACAACUCCUCCUACAAAAAUAUUCUGCAUCAAUUCCGACUAUGUCAAAAAUGUUACUGUCACCUGAAGUCACUUGUCCCACAAAUAAUAAUAAAAAAAAUAAGAAAAGAAAAAUAUCUGUAGGACAUAAGACUAAUGAACAUUCAUUAGAGGAAAGACUACAAUAUGAAGAGGAAAUUAUACGAUUAAAAACAAGAAUUAUUGAACUAGAAUCAGUUACUGAUUUAUAUCGGAGCCACAUUUUUAAGCUAAAUGAAAAAUGCUAUCAAUAUGAACAGCAGUUAGAAAAGUUAAAUAAAUAA